AUGGCCUCUGGCUCUUUCCCGCCUGCGAAACCUCCUCCCUCCUGGCCUGACUACCAGUACUGCCCUGAGUCUACUUGUCUCGCUCCCAUACCUGUCUCUAUUGGUGGCCGCCGUUCGGGAUUCCCUGGGGAACCGUUCUACUGCUGCCGCGCGGUUGAGAACCACACCAACGGCAAACCCACCUUCCGCAGACCUCCUGGUUGGAAGGCACCUUACAAGAAGAUCUCCUCAGCUUCAACGCACUCAUCCAAAUCUACGCGUAACAUCACCGCCGCACCGUAUCCCAUGGGUCAUUGCCAGAUUGACGAGCUCUGCAACCGCAAGGCCCGGAAGGAUUGCCCCAAUAACGGAUGCCUGAAGGAUUGUCUGAAGUUCUUCGGCGGUUGUGACAAGCACAAACCCAAAGUCGACAAGCCCACCGCUCCCUUCAACCCUACCGCACACCCUACUACCGUCUUGCCGGGCCCUUUCGCUUCAUCCUCUAAUCUUGGACCGCUAGAGCCACCAGGGCUAUUAGACGAUCCUGAUGACGAUGACGUUCAUCUUGAGCCAGAGCCGCCUGCGCCUUCUCGGUACCGCCCGUUGGCGCCCGUUCCUCUGCCCAAGGAACCCCUGCGCUCAACACAGAUGUACGACACAUUCAGCACCACACGUAGUCAACAGCUUCAGCAGACGGAGGAGCUACGCCGCCAGGAGCAGCUUGCACUUGAACAUGAGCGAGCGGAGAAGUCCAACGUGCAUCUGUGGAUCUUCCCCGCUGACGGUCGUCGCUAUUGGAAGCUCAAUAUUCAGUGCCCGGGUGCCUUGUUCACCUUCACGCCGGCCAUUCUGGACAGCGCUGAGGUUCGUGGCACGGGCGCAGCUACCUCCCAGCGCUUUGACUUCCACACGGAGCACGGUCACGCAUGGGAGUCCGCAUUUGCCAACCAUGUUGUCCGGCUGGGACCCACUCGCACGCUCUUGGUCAAGCCAAGCUGCCUUGACAGCCUUCCGCUCUUCAAUGAGUGCUUUGCGACCGCGUUUGGCUACAAGCACCGGAACACCUUUGCCGCCAACGUCAUAGCUGACCGCCACGCUAUGAAGGCCACUUACCGCGAGGCCAAGGGCAAGGAGCGCUCAUUGUCCAUCGGUACAUCGCGUUCAACAUCGUCGUCAAGGGCCUCUACGCAGACGCCACUCACACUAUCACCACUCCUGGACAUCUUCGACCCUCCGCUUGACCCGCCCAUGCCUACCUGGCCCCCGGUCGAUGCCUUUGCUUCGCCGCAGGCGGAUACACCGCUUUUGUUCGCUCCACUCGCUUCCACCGCUGCGUCAACAUCCUCGCUCGCGUCUAGCUCUCAAGCGACGUCCUCUACUUCCCUUCAGGCUCUGCCUCCCCACACACCCCGUGCUGUCACAUCGGGUGGGGCGAGCACCUGGGCCAUCCCGCCAUCGCCGGCUGUAGCGGUCGGUGCCGUUCUUGACCUGAACGCCUACCCGCACAUCAGCAGUGGCAACGCGAGCGCGGAGGAAGACGAGGACGACAUACAAGUCAUCCCAACGCCCGACCCUGAUCUUCGGCGUUGGCCCGACCGCUUUUACAUCUGCGAGGUCACCCAGCACUUUGAGUGGUUGGAGAGGCAGAGCCGUGCCGCGACUAACGAGGCCCACAAACCCGACGCUUUCCACCGCAUGCUACACCUUAACGAACAGCACCUGCUCGACAACCCCAACCUCCGGUACAAGAAGAGCUCCUACCACCGUCAUCUCAGACGCUGGACCUCCACGCCUCACGCCACCCGGCAGAGGUACAUUGCUCUGGGUCGCGUCCCUGAGGCUCUCUGGACGGUGUUCCGCAAGGACAGCGAGGUGCCCAACACCGCCGAGGCUAACGCCAUCUAUGCCGAGCGCCGCGGCCUGGCGUAG